UAUGUCCCAUUUAAUAAACUCCUCCUAUCAAAGCUGCCUCUCUGACACUGAAAUGAAACUACCAGCCUAAUGAUUGUUAAUAUUCACAUAAAGUCGGAAGCUGAAGCCUAAAUGCAAUUCCCCCAGCAGGCAGCUCCAUGUGUGACUCUAUUUCUCCUUCCGCCCCAAGCUGUUUCCAUAACAACCCUCCUGUGCGUGUGUAACUUCCAUCUCAAAACACAGCUGUAGGAGGGGCGCCUUCCUCUUUGAUAGACAGGUCGGGCAGCCAACUGACGUCCAAGAAUCUCUUCCUUGAUCCAAUGAGGCGCGGUAUGCUCAGGCGGAGGGGCGGGCUAGUGGUGCCUGUUGAAUGAGAGUUGCGUCCAUAGUUGCAGGUGGAACAGGUUGCUGAGAGGAGCUUUCCGGACAUUUGAGAUGCCAGGAACUGCAAGACAUGACCGGGACAUGGCCUUACAGGCCAAAAAGAACCUCUCAUCAUGCACAGAUCCCGUUGAGAAGCUGCGCCUCCAGUGUCUCUCUAGGGGAUCAGCAGGCAUAAAGGGACUAGGCAGAGUGUUUCGAAUUAUGGAUGACGACGGUAACAAGACCCUUGAUUUUAAAGAGUUUUCAAAGGGCCUGAGUGAUUACGGCGUGAUGAUGGACAAAACGGAAACGCAAGAACUUUUCUCUGUAUUUGACAAAGAUGGAAGCGGAACAAUAGAUUUUGAUGAAUUCCUCGUCACCUUACGACCGCCCAUGUCGAAUGCAAGGAAAGAUAUGAUCCUGCAGGCCUUCCGGAAGCUGGACAAAUCAGGCGAUGGCGUUGUGACUAUUGAGGAUCUAAGAGGAGUGUACAAUGCAAAGCACCACCCAAAGUACCAAAAUGGAGAGUGGACAGAAGAUCAGGUUUUUAGGAGUUUCCUUGAUAACUUUGACUCUCCGUAUGACAAGGAUGGACAGGUUACACCGGACGAAUUCAUGAACUACUAUGCAGGCGUCAGUGCUUCCAUUGAUACUGAUAUCUACUUCAUCACCAUGAUGAGAAAUGCCUGGAAGCUCUAAGUGUGACAAAAGAUGAAUUUCUGAACUAUUAUAGUGGAGUUAGCGCAUCUAUUGACAGUGACACCUACUUUAUUCUGAUGAUGAGGAACGCCUGGAAGUUGUGAUGGGUGCAUGGUUUUAAUACACGUUUUAUGGUUACUCUUCUGUUUGUGUGCAUAACGGAUUUAAUUGGAAAGAGUGAUCAACAAAAUACCCCGACAUUUUAUAGAAGCUGCUGCUGCUGACUGAAAUGGACAGUAAACACUGCACACAAUCAUUUAUACAUAAAAGUACAUGUUAUACAAUGUAUAUAUACAGUAGGCAAAUGUUUCCUGUAGUGAAGGAUAUUAUAAUAAGUGCCUUGGAGUAUCAUAAUAUCUCUAGAAGAAAACUGUAUGCCCUAGAAUCAGGGCAGUGGUUUGAAUGAAGAGAAAAAAGGUGACAAAAUUAACGCUUAUGACUCCGGGCACAAGGGGCACAAAAACACUUGAGUCUGGGGUUUGGUUGCACUCUACAUCUAGUGCUUGAUUGGCAUGUGGUGCUAGGUGCAGAGUGCAGCACUGGUACAUGCAAGGCAGCCGUGUCCUUACUGUCAGCCAUAGGGCAGGAGGGAAGUACAGGGCUGUGUUACAGCCUGCUUGUGUCUAUAUACCAGCUCUGGUCAAAAUACAUAAUCUGAAAUUGUAUUUACCAUUUCCAAUAAUUUAUUACAGUGCUCCUGUGGGGUAUAUUAAGCAACUCCCAACAAGUGUUUCAUAAUGAAUAUAACAUUUUAGAAGCACAGACCUACAGAACCUCCACCAUCUCUGCUUUUAAAGGUUAGGACAGCAAUAGAUGUCAGGCUUAAUGCAUACUGUAAUAGGUGUGAGUGCAAUAAUACUAAACAAUGUUAAUUUCAAUAUAUACAUAUAUUAAAUAGAUUAUUCAGUAAUUUUAAAGACAGGGAUCUUUGUUCUCAGAAAAACCAUAUUGCCUUUUGUUUUAUGCAUUAUGGAAGUGCCUUGAAAGAUAUCCAAAACUCUAGGCAGCUCUUGAGGGGGAAAAUUAUUGUUUAAUUGCUAAAACAGUGCCUUUUAGCUCAAUUCCUGUACAGCACCAUGGUUGGUAGAUUAAAACUCUACAUUUAAAUGGGGUCUGACAGUGACAGUUUUCAUUUUUAUUUGUUAUAGUUUUUAAAUUUGUCUUCUUCUUCUGAUACUUCAUGCUUUCAGAUGGGGGUCACUGACCCCAGUAGCCCAUAAAUGAUUGCUCUGUAAGGCUACAAUUUUACAGUUAUUGUUAUUUUUUAUUCAGUCCCUCUCCUUUUCAUAAUCCAGGCUCUUUUUCCAAAUCAUUGCCAGGUUGCUAGGGUAUGUAGGACCCUAGCAACCAGAUAGCUGCUGAAAUUUCCAACUGGAAAGCUACUAAACAAAAUGCUAAAUAAAAAAUCAAGACCAGUUGCAAAUCGUCUUAGAAUAUUACUAUCUACAUCAUACUAAAUGUUCAUCUAAAGAUAAACAACCCCUUUAACCUGACAGUUCCACUCUUUUAUGAGUUCAAAAUCACAGAAGGUGAGAUAACUAGAGAAAAUGUAACUUUUAUUAUAAGUUAAUUAACAGUUGGUUAGUAAUGUAUCGGAACACUACAGAUAUAGGAUCUCUUAUCUGCAAACUGUUAUACCGGAAACUCUAAAAUACGGGAAGUCCAUUUAGGCAAAACUUAUAUAUUUGUAAUGAUUCCUAAGCUAUUUCUGUAACGGUGUAUAUAAACCAGAUUCACACAUUACUCCAUGGCCCCUGUUAUAAUUCACAAGCAGAUCCUGCUCCAGUAACUUAUACAUUUGUGCAGAUAUUCCAGAACCAGCAGUAACUGUUUGAUCUGUAUUUUUCACAUUUAAGUGUUGAACUGUGCAUAUAAAUUAUCAUUUUUUUUAUAUUAAAAUGGUUGUUUUAUGUUGA